GCAUUCUUUACGUUCUUGGCCUUCUUGGCUUUCAUGCUUGGCGCGCUCGCCGUACCAACAAACAACGCCGCCACAACCAGUGUUGAUGCCAAGAAGACUGCUGCUGCUGCUACCCAUGCUGCUACUCCUGCUUCAAUUGCUUCGGUUCAGACUCCGGUGACUGCCACUUUUAGCCCCGAACCAGCUGUUUGCCAAUACUCCUGAUGACGUCAAUGCAUGCAAGACUGCUGGAAGCCCAACUCAGGCCGCCGCCGAUAACAGACACGCCAGGGAAGACCCUCCGUGCUGCAUUAUCUGCUGCGGUAAGAAGGGCUGCAAGGACUGCUGUUGCCACCAGUGCAUCUGCUGCCAGCCGUGCUGCCACGAAUGCUGCUGUCAUGCUCCUUGCUGCCAGCCUUGCUGCCAGCCUUGCUGCCAGCCUUGCUGCUGCCACCAUGACUGCUGUAACCCGUGCUGCCAUCAUGAGUGCUGCCACCAUGAGUGCUGCCACAACGACGGCUGCUGCUGCCACCAUGAGUGCUGCCACCACGACUGCUGCUGCAAUCCGUGCUGCCACCAGGAAUGUUGCCACCACGAUUGCUGCUGCCAUGAGCCAUGCUGCUGCCAUGAGCCAUGCUGCUGCCACCAUGACUGCUGCUGCCAUCAUGACUGCUGCUGCCACGAUCCCUGCUGCCACCAUGACUGCUGCUGCCACGAUCCCUGCUGCCAACAUAUCUGCCACACUCCAUGCUGCCAGCAACCUUGCUGCCCUCCUCCGUGCGGCAACCACUACUAAACACCAUAGCGGUGUUGUGACUCGCUCUUAAAAUGCACGUUUACGUCACUACUAUAAUAAUCAUUGCUAAUUAGUUAACAUCUUCAUACUUUUGCAGUGGAUCGUUCGAUAUUUAUUUCGCCUGCUAAAUA